GAGCGCAGCAUCCAUCCCUCCGCUCUCCUUGCGCCUGGGCCUACCUCGCCUCCGGCUUCCCAAGCGAUGUGCUCGCAACGGAUCUAGAUCCAGACCGAGCCGCACUCUCCGAGGCCUUGGCGGGACGACCCCUCUCGCCGCACAGGGCCAGGGAUAAGACCUGCGGAGCCCGGGCCAUGGAGGCCAUCUGGCUGUACCAGUUCCGGCUCAUUGUCAUCGGGGAUUCAACGGUGGGCAAGUCCUGUCUGAUCCGCCGCUUCACUGAGGGCCGCUUUGCCCAGGUUUCGGACCCCACCGUGGGGGUGGAUUUUUUCUCCCGUCUGGUGGAGAUCGAGCCAGGAAAACGCAUCAAGCUCCAGAUCUGGGAUACCGCGGGUCAAGAGAGGUUCAGAUCCAUCACUCGAGCCUACUACAGGAACUCAGUAGGUGGUCUUCUCUUAUUUGACAUUACCAACCGCAGGUCCUUCCAGAAUGUCCAUGAGUGGUUAGAAGAGACCAAAGUACAUGUUCAGCCCUACCAAAUUGUCUUUGUUCUGGUGGGUCACAAGUGUGACCUGGAUACACAGAGGCAAGUGACUCGCCAUGAGGCAGAGAAACUGGCUGCUGCGUAUGGCAUGAAGUACAUUGAAACAUCAGCCCGAGAUGCCAUUAAUGUGGAGAAAGCCUUCACAGACCUGACAAAAGACAUAUAUGAGCUGGUUAAAAGGGGGGAUAUUACAAUCCAGGAGGGCUGGGAAGGGGUGAAGAGUGGAUUUGUACCAAAUGUGGUUCACUCUUCAGAAGAGGUUGUCAAAUCAGAGCGGAGAUGUUUGUGCUAGUCAGGCCUUUUUAUUUCUAAAACAUGCUCUCCCAUCUGAACCUAAAAGUGAUCGAAAUGAAUAGAAUCCUUGUGUCACUGAAGAGAACCCAGCCUUCAUUUUGGAUACCAAGUGGACCUCCUUCCCAAGGGGUACUCUGACAGGCUGUGGGCAGAUGGAUGGGGGAGCCUGGGUGCUGUGACUGAGGGACUACAUUACUGGCAUGGGCCAAGCACUGUUUUGUGGCCCAUGCUGGGCAGUGGCUAUUCCGUGUGCCCUCUGUAAGCCACACGUCAAGAGCCUGAGGUUUGGGGAGCGAGGCCCCAGGAAAAUACACCCACAGACAAAACAACUAUUUCUUGGUAUUUCAGCUCAUUCAUUGGUCAUGAACAUAAAGACAUAUGUAAGGGGGAAAAAAGUAUAUCAUUGGGAAUAAUUAGCAAAACUAAAAAACUGAGACCAUGUUACUUUGUGAGAUUAUCCUAUACCAAGUGUGUGUGCUGGGUUUGGUUAAAAUGUACCAAUUAGCUUCUAAAUAGCUCGUCUGUAAAAUGAAGGGUGUGGACCAGCUCUUUACUAAGACCCUUUCAAGGCCUGGUGUUCUAGUAAAAAUCAUGUGACUAUGAAAAGGGAGGCUAUUUACACGCUGUUAUUACCACAUUGGAGACAAUGUACACCUUUGUGAAAGAAUAACCAGCUGUGUGAAAGAAAUUGUCCCAUGAAAAAUACCUUGUAAGUAGAAGAGAGAAACACUGACCCAAAUGCCAUAACCUCUUUCCCCUCUGACCAUGCCUGGGGUUUCACUUCAUUGGCAACUGCAGUCUAGAAGUAAAUGACAUGGCUGUUUCUUCAGGUCAUGGCAACAACACAGGGAUUGCCUCUGAAAAGAGAGGCACUCACUCAUCAAUCCUGUACUGAGUACCUUCUCUCAAGAGGAGGCACUAUAACUCUUACAAACACAUUACAGUCACUUGAAUUAUUUAUUUAGUCAGCAUUAACAGGCUUGUGAGGUUUUUGUCCCCAUUUUACUUUUUUUAAAGAUUUUAUUUAUUUUUAGAGAAAAGGAGGGAGAAAAAAAGGGAGAGGAAUACCAACGUGUGCUUGCCUCUCACACGCCCCCAGCUGGGAACCUAACCCGCAACCCAGGCAUGUGCCCCAACUGGGAAUAGAACCAGAGACCCUUUAGGUUCGCAGGCCAGUGCUCAGUCCACUAAGCCACACCAGCCAAGACCUCAUUUUACGAAAGUAAACUAAGAGGCAGGAGAUUCACUUGACCAAGGUGAAGGUCUCCUGACUCCUAGUUCUUGUUUCACUGCAUUGUCUUGCUAUCAGAUGAAGGAACUGUUACUAAUUCGUUCACUUUGAAAGAGAUGUGACUGUAAAUAAAUGUUCUCUACAUGUUAGGAUAUGUUUCCUUAUUGAUUACAACUCAACUAUAAUGCUAAGGGAAGCUAGGGAUGAAUUAAGGUAAAGUCCAUUCAGGUGUUAUUAUUGACAAGAAAAGGCUUUAAACAAGUGAAUAAUUGCACAACUCAAAAUACAUUAGAACUGUGUAUGCUAGAAGUGUUCUUAUCACUGAAACACAGUGGACAUAUUAUUGAAAGGAACCAAAUACAGCAGUGGGAAGAAGGAUGGGGAUAAAAUAUUCACUUCACAAUGACCUUGGCCACCUGUUUGCCAUAUACCUAUACUAGGUCCCUGUCUACCCUAGAAAGUCAGCUCUUAACUCUCAGGUGAACAGACAGAUAACUGCAUCUGAAAAUUGGAACGGUUGGCUCGAGGUUCCAUUACCUUCUUGAAGAGAGGUGAUGCAUUAAGUUAUUUUUUGAAUUGUAGCCAGUUCAGCUAGGCAAAAGCCAUACUUUUCACAGUAAGAAAAUUCUGAUUAGAGUCAGAUUUCUCAUAUUCAUUGUGAUAGGAAAGCCUAAGAAUGGUAAAUUGCUUUGAGAUAUCGUGUUAAACUUCAUUAUAAAUGUGAUUGAAUUUGUAAAUGUGGGCAUUUACUUCAGCCGGAAUAAAGAAGCCAAAUCAUGAAUACAUGGAAACAAACCUUCUUGGACCAACCCGCAGCAUCAACUACAAGUGAACCAAUCGUGACCUCUACAUUUGUUUAACAUGACCAGGCUUGGGUAGAGUAGUUAACAGUUUUGUGAUUGUAGAAGACAAAAGAUGGUAAAUUGGGUUAAUACAAAGUUUAUCAACUACUAUACUUAAUUAUGUUUAAGAGAUUCUGAAAGCAAGAUUAUCCAGUGGAUAGAUGAGAGUUGACUGGAUUCUGUCAGAUCAAAAAACAAAGAUAAAAACAAAACUUCUCUACAGUUUUUUGACUAAAAUACACUAUAUGUAUACUUUUCCCACUCCUUGCAUUUUUAGGCAGGUUUAAAAAUACUCAGCAUAGAUCCAGCGAAGGUGGCUGAGCUUAAUUGCUUAAACAAGUGCUAGAAACUUUAAAAAUCAAUUUAGUAGAAUUCAGUGCUGUUGUCACUGCAAUAAGUGGGUUUUAGAAAAUAAGUGUGAAAAAAUCAGGUGUUAAUACAAUACUAAGGAUAAAGCUUUAGAAGCUAUUUUACUACAUAAGUAAAGAAAAGAUUAACUUGUAACAAAGACCACAACUGCAUGUUGGAAUAGACUGUCUCAUAUUCCAGAAUAAAAUGUACUGUAUACUUUUCCUCACUUUAUUGUGCACUGUAAUGAAAUGUGAAAAAAAUGUUUUCU